AUUAGACACUUACCUGUCAUUCACCUCAGCAGGUUCAACCGCAACCAUUCAAGAUUUCCAGCUGAACUGAGCGAGCCUGCAAGAAAUAAGCAGAGAGAUGCGGUACUGCAGCACACGGGGAGGGGUUCAUGGCUGGACCUUUCGGGAUGUGCUGUUUUCAGGCUAUGCCCCAGAUGGAGGCAUGUUCAUGCCUGAGAUGAUUCCCUCUCUGGCCCCUGCCACCCUCCGAAGCUGGAGUUCUCUGUCCUACCAGCAGCUGGUUUGUGAAGUUUGUUCUCUCUUCAUCCCUGAGCAGCUCAUCCCCAAACAUGACUUGGAAGCCCUCAUAUCAAGUUCCCUGUCCAGGUUUUCUGUGCCAGAUGCAGUAAGGAUGGUCAGACUGAAGGGAUCUCUGUCCAUCCUGGAACUGUUCCAUGGAGAGACACUGGCUUUUAAAGAUCUGGCCAUGAUGUGCACUGCACGCUUCCUGGAGUACUUCCUGCACAAGGAGAACACUCGCGCCAUCAUCCUCGUGGGAACUUCAGGGGACACCGGAAGCUCGGCCAUCAGCAGUGUAUGUGGACUGAACGGGCUGGACGUGGUAGUGGUCUUUCCCAGUGGCCGCAUUACCACAGUACAGGAGAGACAGAUGACCACCCACAUGGAGGACAAUGUUCAUGUGUUUGCAGCGGAUGGAAGCUCUGAUGACAUUGACGUGCCCUUGAGGAAGCUGUUUGCGGAUCUGGACCUGGUGAAGCGCUAUGGUCUGAUGAGCCUGAACUCCGUAAACUGGUCACGGAUUCUGGUGCAGCUGGCUCACUUCCUGUAUGCCUACCUUCAGCUGAGUGACAUAAAGAAGACUGAGGGAGACUGUCUGCCAGAUCUGGAGGUGGUGGUGCCUACAGGAGGUGCAGGCAACAUAACAGCUGGAUGCAUCAUGAAACAGAUGGGGAUACCUUUGCGACUUGUCGCGAUGGUGAAUUCCAAUGACAUUGUUCACCGCACAGUUCAGAGUGGAGACUUCUCCAUGGCAGGGAGCGUCCAGCAAACUAUGGCUCCAGCCAUUGACAUUCAGGACCCUUAUAACAUGGAGCGUAUAUUCUGGCUUUUGUCGGGGAAAGAUGGAGCAUUAAUAAAGGACAUGAUGGAGCAGUUUCAAAGGACUCACAGGCUUUCUGUACCUGAGACACUCCACAGAAAGUAUUGGAUCUCUUAUACAAAACAAAAAAAAAUAACCUGCACACCAGACACUACAGUUAGGGUAACAUGGUCGAUUUUGUCGCAGUGACUUUAGACAGGCAACCUGACCACCUUACACGAAACAAUCAAGAUGACACUAACUGUAGCAAAACUCUCAUGAAAUUUGUCUGCAACAGUAAAAUAGCUUAAGUCUUUUGACGUCAGACUGGCAUAAGUAAUAAGUAAUGUUUUGAUAAAUUGGAAAGACGUAGCCUGAAGUAGUCAAGUUAAAGUCAGAGGCAUUGAGUAGGAUUUUAGGGGUGUGGACCAGUAAUGGAUCAUUCCAUUCCACCUUGGAUGAUAUGUUAUUCACCAACUUUUGACUGAGUACUUUUUGAAUACUCUUUUUAACAUUGGUAAUUAUCUGCUCAGGGAAGGGGUCUGUAGCACAAAAUUACAGGCAGGCCUCAAUAAAGCUUUUUUUAUGGUAGUUAUUAAGUUACAAGUUACCAGAACAUUGUCAGACAUUUAAUUGUUACAGCUCAACAUUUACAGGUUAAUUCAUCAUUAGUCAAUUAGUUCAUAUAAAAAGGUCCUAUUUUAGAUCUUUGGGGCUUAAAAGUAUACAGUCUUGUUCAUGUCUGUCUGUCUGUGUAGUUGUGUUCCGUGUUAUCUUCAGGCUCUGUGACUGAUGAGGGUAUAAUGGAGGCCAUGGUGAGGUGCUGGGAGGAGAAUCAGUAUUUGGUGUGUCCUCAUACUGCUGUGGCUGUCUGGUAUCACUACCACUGCCCUGUCCUCCCU